AAGUAAUAACAAUGUCUCAUGCCAUGUUAACAAACGUGACAUACAUCAAAUACAAUUAACAAAAUUCUGGUAAAAACUUUGGGCAUCCCACAUGAAAUGGUGGCAAAAUUCUGCAAUUGUAUAGAAGAUAAGAAUAAACAGAACGAGAACGAAGAUCUAGAUCAGUUGGGGGAACGUAAUUUCACGGAUUUAUAUGUGAUCGGUAAAAUUUGGAUUGAUGCAGUGAAAAUAUGUCUCACAGGGGCAGAGAUCAACAUUCUUCCUAAGGUAGAGGCUGCGAAGCCUGAUGCUGGACCACCAAAAAAACCACCGCCGAUGAAAUUAUCCGAACUCUCCAUAUAUAAAAAUCCGUACAACGAGUACAAGGACUAUCUGGAAGAAAAGGAGAAAUGCCCCGACGGAAAGGUUAAAUUAUUGCAUCGUUCUUUACUACCGCACGUGAAAAACGUCAAGCAGGAGGUCAAGAAAGGUGCGUGUGAAGCGGCAUGUUUUAUGAAGUCAAAUUACAAGAAGGCGGUUGAUACUGUCAAAGAAAUCAAAAAUAAUUUCAGGAGAACCAUGCGGGAGCCUGAUAAUUUAACCAUCAGACAGGGGGUGGUAGCUAGCGGUGGGGUUUUGGGUUACAUGCUCGGCGGUGGUGGUGGAAUCAUCAGGCGGCUUCUGUACACCAGCGCUGGUCUCCUGACCACCGGGGCGUUAUGCUUCCCCAAAGAGACAGACGAAACCUUCAGGAACGCUAUAUAUAUCACCGGCAAAUCGCUCAUCGAUAUUUACAACAAGUGGUGCAACAAGGACUUCAACCUGAGGGAGAGAUUGGCGUGUAGAGAUGAAUUCCCGCCGACGCCGCCCAGUCGACCGCCGAUGAAAUGUCCACCACAGAAAUAAAUCACGGAGAAUGAUCUAGAAGACGAACGAAGCAAACUCAACAAUUUUAAACCAUUACACAUUUUAUUAAUCA